AUGUCAUUUACAUUAGAGGGCCUCACAUCUGCGCAUCUCGCUCCCAUCCGCACUCAUCGCCCCCUUAUCCUCUCUCAUCGCCCUCUCAUCCGCACUCAUCGCCUCUCAUCCGCACUCAUCGCCUCUCAUCCACACUUAUCUCCUCCCAUCCGCCCUUAUCCCCUUCCAUCCGCACUUCUCUCCUCCCAUGCGCCCUUAUCCCCUCCCAUCCGCACUUCUCUCCUCACAUCCGCCCCUAUUUCCUCUCAUCCCCCCCUUAUCUCCUCCCAUCCGCCCUUAUCCCCUUCCAUCCGCACUUCUCUCCUCCCAAGCACCCAUAUCUCCUCCCAUCCGCACUUCUCUCCUCACAUCCGCCCCUAUUUCCUCUCAUCCCCCCCUUAUCUCCUCCCAUCCGCCCUUAUCCCCUUCCAUCCGCACUUCUCUCCUCCCAUGCGCCUCUCCUCGCAUCCGCACUUCUCUCCUCACAUCCGCCCCUAUUUCCUCUCAUCCCCCCCUUAUCUCCUCCCAUCCGCCCUUAUCCCCUCCCAUCCGCACUUCUCUCCUCCCAUGCGCCCUUAUCUCCUCCCAUCCGCACUUCUCUCCUCACAUCCGCCCCUAUUUCCUCUCAUCCCCCCCUUAUCUCCUCCCAUCCGCCCUUAUCCCCUUCCAUCCGCACUUCUCUCCUCCCAUGCGCCCUUAUCUCCUCCCAUCCGCACUUCUCUCCUCACAUCCGCCCCUAUUUCCUCUCAUCAGCCCAUUUCUCACUGCUGA